UACUCCCCCAGCUGCCGACUCUUUGCUCCUGCCAUUGUACGCAGUACGGAGUUGAUGAUGCCAGAGAAUCUUUUCCAGCUCGCAGUGAAACCGAGUGAAGGGAAUAUUGAUGACCGAAGAGAAGGCGAUAUAUGCUUCAAGCCAUUCACUCAUCAUCACCAUUGGUGGAAGAGCGAGGAAGAAGAAGAAGAAGAAGAAGAAGAAGAAGAAGAAGAAGAAGAGAAGGAUGAGCUGGGAGAGAGGUGGAGAGUGCAGCAGCAAGAAGAAGAGGGUGAUGGUGCUGAUAGACGGCACUGCUCGCGCCGAGCAGGCCAUGGUGUGGGCCUUGACCCAUGUGGCGAACAAGGGGGACCUCGUCACCCUCCUCCACGUCCUCCCUCCCCACUGCUCCGGCUCUGCUCACCUGGAGGAGGAGACCUCCCGCCUCAUCGACUCCCUCGGGUCGAUCUGCAAGGCCAUUCGUCCCCAGGUGAGAGUGGAGGUGUUGGUGAUCCAAGGACCCAAGCUGGCCACGGUUCUCGGCCAGGUCAAGAAGCUCGACGUCUCUGUUCUGGUGCUAAAUCAAAGCAAGCCAUCUCCGCUCUGCUGCAUGAUGACGAGCAGCCACGAGGAGUUCGUGGAGCAGUGCAUCGACAGGGCCGAGUGCCAGACGAUGGCGGUGAGGAAGCAGAGCCAUGGCGUCGGUGGGUACCUCGUCAGCACCCGAUGGCAGAAGAACUUCUGGCUUCUGGCUUAGUCCAGCAGUGCAGCGACACGAUUACUUCCUGCUGUGUUGGAUCUGAUGUCAUCGAUCCCAGUGAUGUGUGUUCCAUGUUUAGCUUCGGAGUAGCUUAAUCUCUCAUCAUGGUUGGGUCAAA